UCUGUGUGUCAACAUUGCAACACAAACUGUAAAUAGGCGAAAUUUUGUCCUUUUUCCUGGUUUCAAAACAAAUAUCAAUCAUGGGGAACUGUUGUGGAAAGAGAAAGGACUACAAACAUGUUAAAACGGACGAAAACGAAAUCGCAGAUCUCGAAAACUUAGAAAAUUCACAAGCUGUCACUGUCGGCACACAACAGAGGCUGGAAUUCGUCAUUGAGGAAGAAAGAAGCGAGGACCCUUUACAUGUGGAGCCCCCUGCCUUACUGAAAACAGAGCAUGUGUCAGAUCCAGAGGACACAAUGGACUUCCCUUUUUUUCGAGAUCAAAAAACCAUCAAUCACAUUCAGAAAUGUCAGACAAUGUUUAUAAUGAGAGGUCCUCCAGGAAGUGGGAAAUCCAGUCUGGUGCGUCAAAUGGAAUCUAUUUACAAAUUGCCAGUUGUGUGUUCAGCUGAUAACUACUUCAUGAACGAAGAUGGUCAGUACAAGUUCAACGCCAGUCACUUACCUUAUGCUCACAAGGACUGCCAAGAAAAGGCGAAGGCAGCCUGUAGUCGUGGUAACAAGGUUGUUGUUAUUGACAACACAAACAUAAAACGAUGGGAAAUGAAACCUUACAUAGACACGGCAAAGGCAAACCAGUAUGUUGUGAUAAUCGUUGAGCCAAGGACAAAGUGGCGCUUUGAUGCUGAAGAGUUAGCCAAGAGGAACAGUCAUGGCGUAAAGGCAGAUGAUAUACGAAAGAAAAUAAGUGGCUACCAGGAAAAUGCUCCAUACUAUUUUGGAUGGUUUCUCACAGUUAGUGACUCUGUACAAUUAAAAGAUAUAGCAAAAGAUUGUGUGAUAGAGUCAGUGAAAAGUUACCCAGAAAUUAGAGACAAAAUGUUCCCAAACAUUGAAUCGUUAGCAGACUUGACUGAGGAGAUGGUAUACCAGUACUUCAGCUUACAAAAUGAAGAGACACCAUGCCUGUUACACUGCACAGCGAAAUUCAUAGGAAAUCCUAAAAAUCCUGUCCCACGCCGGGCCGAGUAUCUUCAACGAGAUGACGUGAAAGCUGCCUGUGGUAAAGUGUUUGAGCUGACCAUCACAGGAAUCACGAUUACACCACGUACUAUAGGGGCAAAGGUCAUUCUCACAACUGCACAGUGUAAACUUUUCGAUAAACCAGAGGAGGAAGAACGAGACAAAUUUUUAGCAUCCUCAACAAAUAGAUUGAACUCCCUGGGACAAGAAACCGCGACAAGCACUCUUGAACGAGGCAGGAGUGCUCAUAUAACCAUUGCUGCUGCAGAUGGUGUUAAAAAUGUCCAGACUACAUUUGACCUUCUUGACAUCUGUGACCUUGAGUGGAGAAAUUUAAUGAUGGGGAAAAAUAUAGAGAGUAUACAAAUUAAGUGUGGUAGUAUGAGGCACAUUGGGGGAGAUUUGUGUGAAGUUGAUCUCUCUAGCCCUAUCAGAGUGUGUACUCUAUUCUCAGGAUUUUAUUAAAUGUUUCAUACAUCAACUGAUUUUUUUUGUGAGUGGUCAGGAUUGAAAGUAUGGAAAGAAAACCCUAUCAACAGUUAUUUUUCAUACUUUUAAACAAAAGAAUCUUCUAAUUAUCUACCUACCUUUUCUUUGCUCAAAUGUUUUAUUUUGAUAUUGUGCCAAGAUCCAUUUUUUGUAGUACAUCAAAAAUAUUCCUCUCGUUAAAACCCAAGACUUUUUGUCUGUUUCAUAUAUGUUGCCCAUUCUCUUGACAAUAAUAGAUUAAGAGUCAUAAAGAUGAAAAUCAUUUUGACAAAAUUUAAUUUUCCAUUAAUUGAUGAAUUUCACAACUUUUGCAGUAUUUUAAAUAAGCUAUCUGUUAAUAAUGUUCUGAUUCUUUUAUGCAUUUUAGAGGACAUAAUGUUCCUCUCUUCUCUGACUCCCUGUCAUAUUUUGUACACGACUCUGACAUCCCGAUGGUAUUUUGUACACCACUCUGACAUCCAGGUUGCAUUUUGUACACCUCUCUGACAUCCAGGUUGCAUUUUGUACACCACUCUGACACUUGGUUGUAUUUGUACACCACUCUGACAUCCAGGUUGCAUUUUGUACACCACUCUGACAUCCAGGUUGCAUUUUGUACACCACUAUGACAACUGAUCAUAUUUGUACACCACUCUGACACUUGGUUGUAUUUUGUACACCACUCUGACACCUGAUCGUAUUUGUACACCACUCUGACACUUGGUUGUAUUUGUACACCAAUCUGACACCUGGUUGUAUUUUGUACACCACUCUGACACUUGGUUGUAUUUGUACACCACUCUGACACCUGAUCGUAUUUGUACACCACUCUGACACUUGGUUGUAUUUGUACACCACUCUCACACCUGGUUGUAUUUUGUACACCACUCUGACACUUGGUUGUAUUUUGUACACCACUCUCACACCUGGUUGUAUUUUGUACACCACUCUGACACUUGGUUGUAUUUGUACACCACUCUGACACUUGGUUGUAUUUUGUACACCACUCUGACACUUGGUUGUAUUUGUACACCACUCUGACACUUGGUUGUAUUUUGUACACCUCUCUGACACUUGGUUGUAUUUGUACACCACUCUGACACUUGGUUGUAUUUUGUACACCACUCUGACACUUGAUUGUAUUUUGUACACCACUCUGACACCUGGUCGUAUUUUGUACACCACUCUGCCACCUGAUCGUAUAUCUACUCGAUUGACAUGAAUAGUACUGUUCAGUACUAAGGUGUAUAUGUUCCAGCUGGUUCUGUUAUUAUACAAUUUUGUUUAUUUCCAGAAAACCUUUAAGAUUUGUUGAUGAUUUACAGUUUUUUAUUUGAUAUAUGUAAUAAAUCAAAAUCUAGUUUGUAGUGACUUUACUUUAUCUGGUAAAGUGAAUAACUCUGUUGUCCUCAAAGUUUUGAAAGAUUGGGAUUUCUUUUGAAUUUCUUACAUAAUUAUAUGUAAAAUGUUUUAAAGCGUGAAUCUUAGUAUUACCAUUAUUUUUCUACCCAGGUGCCCAAGGGAAAUAACCCUGGCAGCACCUUAGACUGCAUCAGUCUAAGCUUAGAGGUUAAGAGUCAAGCUUGAAAUGAGCAGAUAUCAAGCAUCAUUGUGUCAAUGUGGGUAAAUUGGAAGAUGAAGUCUGAUUUGGAUGUAAAUAUGGAAGUAUUGUAGAUCUGUGGGUGGUAAAUAUUGUACCUGUAUAUCAGAUGUAUGCUUAAACAUCUUCAUUUGCAGCUAAAGUCAAUAUAUACUAAUAUUUACAUAUCUUACCAUAAUUCAAUGUGUAUAGUGUGCAUAAUACAGGACAUUGUAAAGUCAAUACAAAGCCAUGAUUCUGUGUGUAUGGUGUACAUUAUCAUAUGCAGGGCCCUUUUAGGUCAAUAAAAACACAAUUUUGUGUGUAUGAUGUCCAUAUCUAGGGCCCUUUUCGGUAUAAAAUCACAAUUCUGUGUGGUGUCCAUGUCCAUAUCUAGGGCCUUUUUUAAUAUAAAACCACAAUUUUGUGUGACUGGUGUAGUAAGUGUACAUACAUGUAUGUAGGGUGUAUACAUAUAAGUAAUAGAGUGCCUCCCUCCAAGUAUUAACAUAAAGAGAGUGUGACCAGAUGUCAGUCAUCUUGUCACUUGUGACCAGUUAUACUGACCAGAUGUCAAUCAUCUUGUCACUUGUGACCAGAUAUACUGACUAGAUAUCGAUCAUCUUGUCACUUGUGACUAGUUAUACUGACCAGAUGUCAAUCAUCUUGUCACUUGUGACCAGAUAUGCUGACUAGAUAUCGAUCAUCUUGUCACUUGUGACCAGUUAUACUGACUAGAUGUCAAUCAUCUUGUCACUUGUGACCAGUUAUACUGACUAGAUGUCAAUCAUCUUGUCACUUGUGAUAAGUUAUACUGACUAGAUGUCAAUCAUCUUGUCACUUGUGACCAGUUAUACUGACUAGAUGUCGAUCAUCUUGUCACUUGUGAUAAGUUAUACUGACUAGAUGUCAAUCAUCUUGUCACUUGUGACCAGUUAUACUGACUAGAUGUCAAUCAUCUUGUCACUUGUGACCAGUUAUACUGACUAGAUGUCGAUCAUCUUGUCACUUCUGACCUUUUAUACUGACUAGAUGUCGAUCAUCUUGUCACUUGUGAUAAGUUAUACUGACUAGAUGUCAAUCAUCUUGUCACUUGUGACCAGUUAUACUGACUAGAUAUCGAUCAUCUUGUCACAUGUGACCGGCUAUACUGACUAGAUGUUGAUCAUCUUGUCACUUGUGACCGGUUAUACUGACUAGAUGUUGAUCAUCUUGUCACUUGUGACCAGCUAUACUGACUAGAUGUCGAUCAUCUUGUCACAUUGUGACCGGUUAUACUGACUAGAUGUUGAUCAUCUUGUCACUUGUGACUUUACUGAUACUGAUAGUAUAUACACUUGUAAUUGUAGAACUCAAACAAACAUUGUUCUUACUUAGACAAAGCCAUUUCGUUGAUUGAUGGACACAUGGACAUCCAACCCAUUGUCCUUAUGAUACAGAUUAAGUCCCUGUGACCAUGGAUCACUGUAAAUGUUCUUAUUUUGGCAUGCUCAAAUUUUAGCACAAAAGUUCAUUAAAAUAGAUAAUUGAAUGAUGAAUUAGCCCUCUGACAAUUAAUGCUUGCCGUAUAAAACAUUAUAGAAAAAGUGCCAUUAGCAGAAUCAUAAUUUUGCAAAAUUCUUCUGGCGCAAAAAAUCUAAAAUAAGAUUACAACUAAAAUACUGUAAACGUAGUUAAUUUCGCAAUUUUGAUAUGUCAAGUAUACGCAUUGGAGCACUUUUUGCGAUUGACCCACCUUCUUUUGUAGUUCGAGAAUUCGUAAACAAAAUAAUAUGUGGGGGGGGGAGGG